GCGACUACUGGAAGCUGAGGGGGAGAGAGAGGAGAGAGAGAGAGAGAGGAGAGAGACGUGAAGGAAGAGAUGUCCAAGUCUCCUCACUCCAACUCCAACUCCAAUGACCACAUCUUGCUUGUCGUUUUCAUCAUCUCGGGGCUUGCAGUGCUCACUCCAAUCCUUGCCACCGACCACAUUGUUGGAGCCAACCGUGGCUGGAAUCCUGGCCAAAACUACACCCUCUGGGCCAACAACCAAACUUUCUAUGUUGGGGACCUUAUUUCGUUUAGGUACCAAAAGAACCAGUACAAUGUGUUUGAAGUGAACCAAACAGGGUAUGACAACUGCACCUUGGACGGUGCAGUUGGGAACUGGAGCAGUGGCAAAGACUUCAUCCCCCUCAAUCAGGCCAAGAGGUAUUACUUCAUUUGUGGCAAUGGGCAGUGCUACAAUGGCAUGAAGGUCUCUGUCCUUGUCCAUCCUCUGCCUUCCCCCCCAAAGGCCGCCGUCAGUGCUCAUAACUCUUCAUCAGAUGCUGCUGUCCUGGUGGUUCCUCAACAGGGAUUUCGGGCUUUGGUGGUUUCCUUGGCAAUGCUGUGCUUUGGAUUUGGAUGGGUGUAGUGCUUGUGGUAUAGCUCAGGGAAGUGUACAAUUUAUUUGUUCUGAGUUCUUAAUGUAUGCUCAUCAGACUUUCACGUUAUGUGAUUUAGGCUGAAGUGUUCUGAGGUUUUUCCUUUCUCCUCUCAACUGUGUUACCUGAACUUUAUUUUUCAAAUGACUAGAUUUCGAGAGCCCUUCGACUA